AUGUAUGGAUUGUGGUAUCAACGCACUUGGCUGGACUUGCUCAGAGAAACAAUCAUCCAUGCUGUUCUAACAUCACUCUACUUGCCUGCUAUUCAAAUCAAAUGUGUUAUUUCUGUCAUCAUCAUCACUCUCAUUGGCUUGCAACAUUUGGCUUCACUGUUCAUCCAUCCUGACGGUUUCAUUACUCCACAUGCAGUCCUGUUUGGUGCUUUACUGCUAGCAACUAUGGGCUAUAUCAAACACUCUUCUGUACUGUUUUUUGUAGGCACUUAUUCAGUCAUUUCCAAAUAUGAAUUCAUCAAACUCUUACCACAUGAUGAUCGUGUCGCUUUGGGUUCAUAUGCUGACAUACUAAACGAGCUGCUAAAGCUUGCAGUAGGCACUGCUGUAUGGUGCUUUUUUGAAUACAUGCUGCCAUUCAGAUUACUCCAGCAACAUGCAUUCAAACUGUUUGGACAUUCUCCUAUUCCCAGCAAUUCCAAUAUGCUUGCCAAUUCUACUUCAAUUAAAUCCCUCGAUGCUAAACCGCAAUGGUUUUCCGAAUUCAAAUGGUUAUACGCCCUGAUUUAUCCCUUUCUGCCUGCUUUUAUAAUCGCACAAACCGGAUGGCUUCAACUUUCAGCCGUGGAUCCAGACUCCAAUGUUGAUACGCUUGGGAAUUCUCAAUGGGAUGCUGGUCUGGAUCUUGACCAAUACGACCUGUACGACGAACUGGAAUUGACGGAUAUCCAUCUAUCUCCUGUUUAA